CCUCAAACAUCGAUACACACACAACUCCCCAUCUCUCUCUCACGUACGAUUAUGCGUGUAAUACACACACUAACACACUACUAAUACUGUGUGUUAUACUCUCUUCAGUGUGUGUGAGAGAGAGUAGAGAGAGAGAAAACAUCGCUUUCUCAAGAAAUCUCACAACUUUUUUGCUCAAUCUUGUUUCUUCAUUCUUCUAACGUCUAUUUUCCCGGUGACCCGUCUUUUACGACGUCGUUUAGGGUUCAAAGAACUCUACUAUGGCUAAAUCUUGGAAUAAACCAUGAAGAUCACCGGAAAAACCGAUCUUUCAGCCAUCAAAUCAUCAAAAGUUCCAAACUUUACACCAGAUUCGGAUCUUUUACAAAAACCCAUUUCAAAAAAACAUUCGGCUCGGAAAACCCGGAACUCCGGCGGCGGUUUACGGCUGAGGAGCACCGGAAUUCCGACCGCCGGAAAAAGGGGUUCACGGCCGGAGACUCCGCUGCUCCGGUGGAAGUUUGUGGAGGUUAAAGAGGAAGAAAAAGAGGAGAAAAAUGAUGAGAUUGAGAGUGAAAAACAGUCUGAUUCUGGACGGAAAAGUCGCCGGAGGGAGGCGGUGACGACGGUGUCGGCUAGGAAGUUGGCUGCCGGACUCUGGCGGUUGCAGGUGCCGGAAAAAGGGGUUUCCGGUGGUGGUGAGUUGUGUAAUGUUGCAAAGAAUAAUGGGUUUGGUUUUCAGCCUGCAAUUGAUCAUUCGGGGAUCCAUUCGCCUGCCCGUCACAAUAGAAAGUCGUUUGAUUCUCGUAUGAAAGAGGUGCCACAAAGCCCUAAUUCUGUUACUGGAUCAAGAAAUAAGUUUCUUCACAAGCUUGAACCAACGUUCCAUUUUUCGAACUCUGCAAUGGAGGGUGCAACCAAGUGGGACCCGUGUUCAUGGAAAGCGUCGGAAGAUGUAAAAAGAAUCUACGGUGAAUCAAAGCAUCUAGAAGAACAAGUAGGGGUGAUGUCGGUGGUGUCGGGGCUCGAAUCAGAGCUCGAAGCAGCCCAAGCGCGCAUUCACGAUCUCGAAACCGAAAGACGGGCUUCAAAGAAAAAACUUGAACAGUUUUUAAAGAAGUUAAAUGAAGAACGUGCCGCGUGGCGGAGCCGAGAACAUGAAAAGAUCCGUGCGGUUAUUGAUGAUAUAAAAUCUGAAUUGAACCGGGAAAGAAAAAACCGACAGAGAAUGGAAAUCGUUAAUUCAAAGUUGGUCAACGAGUUAGCGGAUGCUAAGUUGUCUGCCAAACGGUACAUGCAAGAUUAUGAAAAAGAACGGAAAGCAAGAGAGUUGACGGAAGAAGUAUGUGACGAAUUAGCUAAAGAAAUAGGUGAAGAUAAAGCGGAAGUCGAAGCGUUAAAACGGGAAUCCAUGAAAAUGCGAGAAGAAGUCGACGAUGAAAGAAAAAUGUUACAAAUGGCGGAAGUUUGGCGUGAAGAACGCGUGCAAAUGAAGCUCGUUGAUGCGAAAGUAACACUCGAAGAGAAAUAUUCUCAAAUGAAUAAGCUAGUAACGGAACUUGAAGCUUUCUUGAAUUCGAAAAGAUCGGAUCUUGAUAUAGAAGAGACCAAUAGAGCCGAAGCGCUAAAACAGUGUGCUGAAUCGGUUAACAUUCAAGAAAUUAGUAAUUUUAAGUAUGAGCCCGCGAACCCAGAUGACAUAUAUGCAGUUUUCGAAGAGGUUAAUUUUGCCGAAAUGAAUGCAAAAGACAUUCAACAGUUCGAUAAAAAUGGCGGUAAUGUAGAUGAUGAAGAUGACGAUGAUGAAAGUGGGUGGGAAACGGUGAGUAAUCUUAACAACGAAGGAUCAAAUUAUUCGCCGAACGGAAGUGAUCCGUCUAUCACCAAAAGCACCCGAAGAGAAUGGGAAGAAAACGAGGGGACGCCAAUAACCGAAAUAACUGAAGUGUGUGUGGUACAGAAUAAUAAAGUUCCGAAAAAAGGGUCUUCGAUUUCACGGUUAUGGAGGUCAUCGUACUCGAGUAACGGUGACAAUUGCAAGAUUAUAUCGAUGGAGGGGUUAAACGGGCGGCUAUCAAACGAAAGCCAUCUUUCAAACGGGGCCCACCUUUCACCAGACCGUAGCUCGGGGGUGAGCGCGUCUGACUGGAGUUGUUCACCGGGGUCCGGUAGCAACCCGCAUAUCACAAAAGGGAUGAAAGGGUGCAUCGAGUGGCCUCGUGGAGUUAUGCAGAAAAAUAGUUUAAAGGCAAAGUUAUUGGAAGCGAGGAUCGAAAGCCAAAAGGUACAGUUGCGCCAAGUGUUGAAGCAGAAGAUAUGAACUUUAAAAGAAAAGAAGAAAGGACGUUUUCGCGUCCGUGCUACUGAAAAACGGUGAUCUUGAUGCUCGAGCUUGUGGCUUUAAAGGCGAUUCGUGUAAAAUUUUAAAUCUUGAGUAUCUAUUUUGUAGGUAAUUUAUGUUCAAGAUGUUGCGAUAUUGUUGUUCGGUUGUAGGAUUAUAAUGUGGCAUAUGAAAUGAAACCGGGACCAUGUUUUUGGAUCCGUUUUUCGCUCGUA